AUGGAAGCAGCAGCUCCGUCCGCCGCACUGAGGGUCUACGGGCCGAGCAACUUCAGGGACGACGAGCUCGUCUUCAACAGCGGGGAGAUAGGGAGGCUACAGUCGGAGCUUCGCGCCAAGAUCGAGAGCUGCUACGGGCGGGUGAGGCAGCUCCCCGGGGUCCUCGACGCCGGCUUCUGCUUCGGCCUCCUGGACCCCGUUUCCAACAUCGUCGCCGGCGCCUCCAUCGCCCGCGCCGCCGUCGAAGCCAAGGAGGAGGAGGAGGAGGAGGAGCGUUCUCUCCCGGGGGCGCGGCUGGGCGAGCCAGAUCUGAUCGGGGACAUGAACCGGCGGUCGUUCCACGGCCUCGUCGACUUCCUGACCGCCCUCUUCCCGCACCUCACCAACGCCAUGGCCAUCUGGUACCUCAACGAGGCCCGGCUGGAUCCCCUCGUCGCCGCCCUCCUCAUCGUCAAGCGCCGCGGCAUGGAGCGGAGCUUCGGCUUCGCGUCCGACACCACCGCGGCCGCCGUCGAGACUGCCCUCAGAUGCGCCGCGGCCUCCGCCCAGCACCCCAAUCCCAGCCAGUUCGCGCUAGGGUGGAAGUUGCUUUCGCAUUCCGAUCUCAACAAUGUCGCCGCCGUGCUGCCAUCGUCGGCCAACUCCGAUUACUCUGACGAGUCCUUUGCCGCUGCCAUUGCCAUGGUAGAUGAUGUUCUGCUCAAGAAACAGCCUCAGCCCACCUCAGUUUUAAGCCUGGAGAAAUCAUGGGAGCUUGCCUCUGCUCGCCUCCGCAACCUCGGUCCAGACCUGUCUCCCAUCGUCUUAGAGAAGAAGGUGUUUCUUGAGCGGGCAGCCGUCUGGCGUAUGCUCCUCACCACCAUCCAUGGAUACUAUCUUCAGGCACUGGCCAGGCUGCCCAAGGACAAGCUGCAGUCUCACUACCACCACAGCUUGCUUCAGGCCGGGCACUGCUACGGCCCGCUGGAUCCUGUCGGCAACAUCAUCCUCAACACCAUCUGGUAUAGCCGAGCCUACCCUCCAGCGAAGAAUGUCGAGAUAUCAGCGAUCAGCACCAGAGGCCUUCUGCGGAUCGCUGUCCGGUCCUUAUAUGGUCUUGUCUCCUUUCUCUGCACCCGGUGUGCCGCGACACACCUCACGCCUGAUGAAGCAAUUCGACGACUGCAGGCUGUCGCUGCUGAUCUCCGACUCGCUGAUCCCAACCUCCUCCUUGAUGAUGAUAAGAACGAUGAUGAUAUGGUGGUAUCUGCCACUGUCGAACAAGCCUACACUGCUGCGGCUGCAGCGGCUCGACACCCUGAGCCUCAUCACCAGGUAGAGCUUCUCAGGCCAUGUAAUUCAGUGUUGCGGAUGGCCUCCGACCGUCUCGAAGGUGAUGCCAUGCUCUCCCAUGAGGAUGCUGAGCACCUCUCUGAAUCCUUGAUGUAUUCCUGCAUGUUAUUAUCAGAACACCAGCAGCAGCCAGAAACAAAGAUCAAGGUUCUAGACCGGUGGGCACACAUAAGGGUGCAACAUCGGAUUAACAAGUUCUGGGACCAGCAUGCUAGGCUCGUCGGAAUGGCGAAAUCUGCAAUGGACUCAUACAGCAAUGAACUUGGGGUACCCAGUUACAAGCUCCAUGUUAUCUGCGGUGCCAAUGAGUAUGUUGAUGGUCCUGUGUGCACAAGGCCUGGCAAAGGCUACUACCGUUGCUCCCACAUCAACUUCCUUGCUGCCCAAUCUGCUGCUACACCUCCGACGCUCUUCUUUGCUGAAUGUGCCAAUGAUGGCACAGAGGUACGCUUGUGCUGCCCUGUGCGUGUGCUGCCUCCAGGCACUGAACAAGUCCGUUGCAUGUACUGUGAGUACCAUGGGUGUAGGAUUGUACACCCAACAAGGGAGAGUUUCCGUGGGCGCGACAUUGAGUUUGAGAAGAUGCUGUGUGGAGUGUAUUCACAGUCAUUCACCAACAAUGGGAUCAUCGCACACAGCCGCGAGGUAAGUGGCUGUGUUGGUGCUGUGGUUGACGACUGCAUCUACGACGUCUACCGACUUGACGAUACACCUAUAAAGGCAGAGGACUUUGUACGCAUGUCAGAUGCUAAUGUGGUGUUUGACUGA